AUGACUUCGUCGUUCUUGUCGAUAUAUUCCGAUAGUUGGACGCUUUCGGAGCCCGGAAACGAGCACUUGCUAGAGAUCGACGCGACUUCGUCUCGGACGAGAUCGACCACCAGAUCGCGCAUUUCAAGAGCUGGAGACCGCGUUGGGUUGGCCAGUGAGUUGUUAGAGGAGUAUGAUGGCGUUCGGGCGACAUUGCAGGCGGUGUGCGCUAUUGAGCCACGAGGAGUCGCGGAGCGAAGCGUGCGAGUGUUGAGUCGGAUCGCGGCGAGUAUGCGGGAACAAGACGUUGCUCUGACCGACUGCGUGAUUAUGCAUAGGUAUGUGUGGGACGCGUGGGACGGCGCGGUGCUUACGCGCGACGAGACACGUUUUCCGUUGGAAAACGUGCCAGUCAAGUGCAACGUGUUGCAAAUGUUGAUCGCAGUAGUACAGGAGCAGCACGCUGGCGGCACCGCCAAGACUGAGAAAGUUUUGGAAUAUCUAGAGCGACUGAUCGGUGCCUGGGGUAGUUCGGGACCUGCUGGAGCCGCUCGCCAGCACGUGAGGAACGUUUCUAACGUCAGCGACGUUUUGCGACCCUUCCAAACAGGCACCGGGAGCAGUGUCGUUAGCAGCGGAAGCAGCGAAGCUGGAGCGACGGGAGACGCACGUGCACGGCGGAGAGCGUCACGGGCGUCGACACAGCUCUUACAAAACUGGUUUCGGGCUCCGAAGUCGCGUCCCACGCGCAAGGGCAGUGACAGCGCAGGUUCACUUGCGGCGACAAACAACACGGCUGAGGAACCCACGACACCGCUGGCGGCGCCACACAGGAGGCAGGACCUUCAAUCGAUGCGCGCGUACAAGAACGCAAUCUCUGGCCUCGAGAUGGCACUAGACGUACUUCCUCGGACACGUGACAAUGCGAUGGUGUUCGAGUUUGUCGACACAAGUGUUAAUACGUUUUUGCUGGGCGAUUGCAAGCUGCUGCUGCGACAGUACAUUCGAGAUAGCGUGCUGGCGGUGCUGGCAUAG